AUGCGGAAGGCUCGCCGACAACAUUACGAAAGAGUGGCCUCUUUGGCAAAAGCAGGCGAGCUCGAGAUCCCGAUGCCAACGGACUAUCCCGAUAGAGCAGUGCUGGAGGAGGAGAAAAGGCACCGUCAGAAAACGGGUCGCGGGUUCAUAGGAAUCGGUGCCUUCCGGGACAAUGAAAACGAGUUCCCACCGAUUCCGAAUCAAGUCUACGGUGCCGCAAGGUCCUUCCGCGGAUUGAGGCAAUCAGAAAGCCCGCAGGACCUGUGGCUCCCUGAGAUGACACCGUCGGACCUCGCCAUGUUCGGACCCAUCGAAGAUGCAAUUCGCACCGCGGCCCGGGCCAUCCGGCAGGCCAACAGAGCAGCGGUGGUGGAGGUGGAGGAACGCGCCAUCCCCGGAGCCGACGCGACCAGAGACCACGGAGCAGACGCGGGCGACGACGCCGAAUUGGUUGCUCAUCGCCCAACGAAGCCAGCCGCUCCGAGCGGAGACCCAAGAGAUCGCCAGAUGGCACGGUCGCCGGGAGAGCUGACGCCGCGCUCCGCAACGUCAAGCGAAAACUCGGAGUCAGGCUACCCGAGCAGCCCCGACGGUCCCACGGAUCUCUCCAACUCAUCGGACGAUGGCGCCGGCAACUUCAGCUCGCCGGCCCAGUCAGAAUGGCAAGCGGACGACGCCGAAUACGAAGCCGAGUUCGAGGACCGAGACUUUCUCGCACUUCCGUCGACAACAAUCGAGGAAGAACAGUACAUGGGGCGGCUCAUCGAGCGAGUCCUCACCCCGUUCUUCUCCACGAGUCGAGCUCUCUACGGCCGAUCGGAACUGCCACGUCGCGCGAUCCAACUGCUGAACAUCAAACAGCUCCCCACGGAAAGCGAACUCCUCGUUCUCCGCUGCCAACUAGUUCAGACCACGUUGACCAAAGAAGCGGAACCGACCACAGGAGAAGAGUGGGCCGCGAUCACCACGGAGCAGAUCGACGAUUACAUUCGCACUAUUCUACAAUUCGGGGAGACGCUCCGAGGCGAGCAUCGGUUCAGCAAGCUCUGGCUGGAGUCAGAAAACGAUGGCAACAUCGGAAAGCAUCUAGCCAGAUGGGCAAAGUUCAUCCCCACGGUCACCCUCUUCGUAAAAGGGAACGACUACUGCAUCAGGAAAUGGAACAGCAACUACUUCCACGGGACCAACUACCCGCACUUCAGCCUCGACGUCCUCGAGGAGGAAGCGCCCAUGAGAGACGGUCCACUCGAAAAGGAAGACCCGCUGUACGAUGACUUCACGUCCGAGGCAACGCUCAACGAACUGAUCAGCGACAUCGUCGAGCAGGGACGACCGACAGAGGACACCACGGUCCGCCGUAAUCAGAACCGCCGAGCCUUGCAGCUCCUAGUGAGCCAGGGACGACCUUGUGGCUUCCACGCCCUCGUGGCCCGCACGGCGCUACUGCAGAGGACACUCACAGGAGCCCAGGAGCCACCGGCGGCUCUCCGCCUCAGCUCUGGCACCGACCUUCGGGAGUACCACGGGAAGCUCUCAGACAUCGCCAUGUUCGUGCUCGACGCCUCCAUCUCCAUUCCGUGCGCUCUCUCCUCAGACCACGCACUGAUUCACCGGUGGCCCGAUACGGCGACGGUCCUGGUGAUCCCGACGAGCGAGUAUUGGACAUCCAAUCGAUCCGAAGACUUGUGGAAGUUUCUGAGCAUCCGCUGGAAAGAACUGCGGUACAAGCUCAAAUGGUCUCCGACGGAAGAAGAGGUCGACUCGCACCCGGAUCCGAUCGGACACACCACGGUUGCGGCCGAGCCGCCACGUCGCUAA